AUGAGCUGGCUCGGUUUUGGGCAGAGCACAACGAAGUGUGACGAGGAACCGAAAACGGGACAAGCUUUACCGGCAGCAUGGUACACGUCCCCUGCCAUGUAUGAGCUUGAGAGGCGAGCCAUCUUUUCCAAGAAGUGGUUGCUCGUUACCCAUGUAUUGCGAUUUCCGGACAUUGGCCACUUUGUGCGAAUAACAGAGGCUGGCUAUACGUUCUUUUUGAUUAGAGACCGCCAGGGCCAAAUUCGGGCGCAUCACAACAUUUGCAGGCACCGCGCCUAUCCCAUUGUCGAGAAGGACUCUGGCAAGGCAUCCGUUUUGGCAUGCAAAUACCAUGGCUGGUCGUAUGGUUUUGACGGCCACUUGGCCAAGGCACCUAAAUAUCAGGAAAUUUCUUCGUUCAAGAAGGAAGACAAUGGGUUGUACCGCGUGCAUGUGCAUGUCGAUAACCUGGGCUUCGUCUGGGUAAAUCUUGACGCAAACGAUACACCCUCGGUUCCUUGGGAACAGGACUUUGCUACAGUCGACUUUCAACCACGGUUGUUGGAGUUUGACAUGAACAAGUACCAUUUCGAUCACGAGUGGGAAAUGACCGGGGACUACAACUGGAAGGUGCUCGCAGACAACUACAACGAGGUACGUGGCCGCAGUGGUACAGCAAAAGAAUGCAAAGAAGAUGGAUAUAAACUCACAUGCACAAAAAAGUGUUACCAUUGCCCUACGGGGCAUCCUGCACUUCCCGCCGUCACAGACUUGGCCAAAUACUGGGUUGAGACAUCGGGAGCUCACAUCCAACACUAUGCAGUUGACAGACAAGACGAAGAGUCGAAAAGUUUAGGCAACGUGAGCACAUACUUGUACCCCAAUGCCUCGAUGACGGUAACGUACGUGAUCGACUUUGGCGAACAACAUCGCUGCGUACCCAUGUCCGCGACCCAAACGCACAUGGAGUACGAGGUGUACAGACACGACGACGCCACGGACGCUGAAUUCACCGAGGUCAGCGACUUCUUCAAGACCAUUAUGCGAGAGGACAAGAAUCUCUGCAACGGCGCGCAGAAGAAUCUGAAUUCCGGCAUAUUCCUCCACGGGGAGCUGCACCCCCGCGUAGAAAAGGUAGGGGCCGUUGUUCUUUCAAAAGCUGACCCGCGACCUGGUGACUACACAUCACGAAGCGGAGGAGGCGGCCGGGGCGGAAAUCCGGCCCGCGGUGCCCAAACACAAGGUCACGACGACGGUGCAAGCGGACAUGGACUUGUGCAGCCGGCUAGAGUGUGA